GAGAAAUUCUUGUCAAGACUUUUGUUUUCCUUUUCUCUCUCUCUCUCUUUCUUUUUUUACAAGGUACACAUGUCCUGUAAAGUAGAUGUUGUCAGUCAAAUACGCGAUUUGCAGUCAUUUAUUGAUGAUUUUGCUUCUGAAGGAACCACUGCACUAGGUGAUCCAGAAAAAAUACAGAUAACAGAGGAACCUAUCAUGCUCCAAAAACCAAAUGAAAAGACUCUGGACGACAUAGAGCAGACUCGAGAAGAAAAGACUCUGAUUGAAUCAAGCCCUGUACCUGAACCACUCUCUUUUCUUUCAUGCGAUUUGAAUUUAUCCGAGGAUUUUACAUCACUUGUAAACCAAUUUAAACAACUGAAAGUUCCUGCUGUAGUUAUACCUAAAGAGAAUUGUCAGAUGGAGUCUGUUAUCAUUACUGCUUCAGAUUCACCUAUUCCCGAAGACAUGCAUUCACAGCAAUCUUUUUAUUCACAGCAACAGAAAUCCCAGACUUCUAGACGCCCUUCUUCUGCAUCCAGUAAAAAAUCAACAAAGAGCGGCAAAAGUCAAAAGAGCAUUCGAAGUGCAAGACGUUUACAAAGUGAGAGAAAACUCCAGCAACAAUCACAACAAUCCUUACAAGAAUCAAUACAAAAGAAACCAUCAAGUACGCAGAAAUAUGUGGAAAGAUCUUAUGAUGAAAUGAUGCGUAUACCAGAUAUUUACGAGAGAUUAUCAUUUUAUGAAAAGACAUUGGACUUGUGCCUUAAAGAAGAAUCGCCUUUUAAAAGCUGGGUUAGUUCUAAUCAAGAGAAGGGCAAGCCUCAGCCUUUAUUGGAAGAUUAUGUACCUCCCAUUCGUACACCUGAAAUGUCACGCUCCAACAACUCCUCCAUUCAUUUUGGUUCUCAUAUGUCUGGUAACAUGAGUUCAAGCUUUAGUGGAUCUAUUUCUAUGUUCUUAAAGAAAGCCACUAUCGGUAGUACAUCUUUUCAUUCACCCCACAAUAGUAAUUUUAAGCGACCCAAUCAAGAAAACAAACCGUUUUUAGCAAACCAGAAUUAUGUGCAUACACCUCAAGUGACGACAGGUGGAAGUGGGAUUUUUGGUCGGUCUAUCAGUCGAUUUAACUUGAUUGCAACCAGAUCAACUCAACUGCCUCGAUAUACUCAGCCAACAAAGCCCAGUCAUAAUAGAAUGACACCAAUUUUAAACAAUCGAGUAGGGGCAACUCCAACAGCUUCAAAAAAAAUUAAUGCAAGACCAUCACCAUUAAAUACAAAUAGAAGGAUCAAGACGUCGCCUUCUUCCCUUAUUAAUACGCCUACAUCUAGUGCUAGCUCACCUAGCUCCUUUUAUGGUCCCAAAAGCUCUUCUACAAAUAGCAGUGAUAGCAACGUUCGCCAUGAUAACAUGGAAGGAAUAGAUUAUCUUACCACUGUUUUACCGCAGAUUGACAUAAGGAUCUUACAAAAGGCUUUAGAAGAAGCGAAUGGUGAUUCAAUGGUAGCUAUUUCAACAGCUGUCAGCCUUAGCAAACAAGCAAACAAACGAGCCAAUAAAUGGUCCUAAAUCAAGAAAAUUAAAAGUCUAAUAAAACAUAUGCUUCCUUG